GAAAUAACGUUCAAGGCAAGCCCUUAUUCUCUAAGUGUUCCGCUCAACAAUGAUCGAGUAGCCGCCGGCAAGGCGCGUCAGACCAAAAUGCAUUUACAUCCACUCAGCGCCCGUAUCGCUUUCUUCUAUUCUUGAGUUCAUUUUGUCGUUGCCCAGGUGAAAAGAGUAUGCUUGUGUUGGUUGAAUAAUAGGAUUAUACAGCUAUGAGAAGACGGCGUGCUCUAUAUUCUUCGUCUUCGGAUCAACCGUGGUAUCAGAACUCGUCUGAUGCACAGCGAGCGGCCAAUUCGGGGCCAACAGCGAACCUCGUGGCUUCUGAUAGCAGUGGCACUGGACAGCGAUAUACGACCAUCUACCUUACUCGAACGCAAUACACCACCUUCGUGUACUCAAAUUCGCAUUCGAGCCAAUCCUCCAAAUCAGCCAUAUCGAGCUCCUCUUCGAGCAGAAGCUUUUCGCGUGCCACAUCAACAUCUUCUUGGUCAUCGGCAUUUACGUAUCAACCCACAACCUUCUCUACCACGACCACAGCCAGGGUAACAACACACUCGACUACAACUGUCAAGACGAUCGUAUACGUGACAAGCACACGUACUGUUCCAGCAGACGUAGACUCUCCAGUAUCCACGAGUACUAAACAAGACAUAACAUCGACGACAUCGAAGACUCAUUCAUCUGCAGCGACUUCUUCUAUUGGAGCUGUCGCUGGCGGUGGAGGACAUGGCUCCCUCCUAGUGAGCCCAAAAGGGAGUUCAAAGCAUUCAGCAGCGAUAGCAGGAGGUAUGACUGGUAGCCUCGCAGGCAUGGCAUUGAUAGGCCUCCUUUUCUUGUUCCUAUUCCGAAGAAGGAAGCGACGACCGCCGUACAACGAAAAGCAUGAAGCCGCUGCCGAGCCUAGGAUGUCCUCAUCAUCCCAAGCUUUGCCAUCCGCCAUUGCAGCAGCAGGAGCACCUCGACAUUCCGAUAGAAGCAUCGUGCCUCAACGAUCUCCAUCCGGACGCCCACCUAUCAUCGACCAUAACCUCAUCCACAUGGAUCUCAAUCACUGGGACCGCCCAUUCGCCCACGAAGACCCUCACCCACGCGAUGAUAGCUCACCCCUUCGCCUCAUGAACCCAGAUCCCACGCCAACUCCCCCAAUCAUCCUCACCGCAUCCUCUUCCGUCUCGCCAGAAAACAACCCCCACAGAUUCCUCCAACGCCAACGCUCAGCACUAGCAGCAGCAUUACUCUCCGUAAAACGCUCCUUCUCAAGUCAAGAUGUUGUGCCCAGACACGCGAGCGAAGAAUCACAUACGCAUACCUCUGCACAUCCAUCAGCUCACCCAUCACCCCUACAUAUCCAAGAUAAAAGCAAUAAACUCACCAUGCCAUCUGAAGUCAUCCUUGCCGGUGCUUCUGCUACAGAGUCGAGACCGAUGUCUUCGCAAUCGGCUAUGAGUAAUAACACGAUCAUUCGGCAUCACGCUCCAGACGAUCCUUUUGUCAGUUCUCCUGACAUUGUCUCGCCACUACCGGGGUGCUUGCAAGCAGGUCACAACAAUGGGGUAGCUCGUCGCGAUUUUCUGGCACCUCCACCUUUACGCACAAGAGUGCCAGUGCCUUAUACACCAACACAACAUGGUGCGGUAAGCCCACUUACGAGAAGCAACAGUGAUUGCAGUACUAGAUUCGAAAGUCUGUCUUCAGCUACGAGGAGCGAGGUUUCCAGUGUCAGUGUGAGAAGUGGGCCGUUUGAUUUGGCUAGUGCUAGUGUGGUUGAUGGGGAUGUUGGAAGAGAAGGGGAAAGAGUGAUUUUGCAGAGGAAUGGAGCAGAGAGGGUGGUACUACCAAGAGACGGGGCAGAUAGAGUGAUAAUGCAGAGGGGACAAAGGGAACAGACGCCUAAUUGGGAGGUUCAUGUGUAUCCUGGGACUUGAGGGUUGCGAUGAGCUAUAGUGUUUAUUUGUUGCUCUGUGAGCAGAGACGUAUGUACUGUUGAUACCGGCUGGCUCGGUGAUUAUCAGCAAAGGAACCAGUAUCUGAGUGAUGGGAUUGUGCUGUGCAGCUCGUUGUUCAUAUGAAGCUGGGCUUUCUGCCCAGAGGUGAUUCGGAACAGAGCGUUCAACUAGUAUGGCGGCAUCGCCCUUUCCAUUGUGU